AUGCUCGCCGCAUCUCCCGCUCCGGCUGCCGCACUAGCGGGUGGCCUUCAGGCCGCCUGCCCGCCGCAGCAUGGGGGCGCGCGGGGAGGCGCGCGGGCAUGCACAGGCUGGUUGACGGGCGGAGAGCUGAGAGGCGCGCUCUCUCACAGCGCGGCCCAAAGCGGACUAUCCGCGCAUUCCUGUCGAAAAGCGCCUCGUGGAGCCGCGAGACGCGGCGCGCCUGUUGUUUGCUCCGCGGCUGCUAAGCCCGCUUUUGGGCGGCAGAUGCUGGUGAGGCGCAGGAGGGGGAGGGAGGGUCGGGGCCGGGGCCGGGGAAAAGGGGUUGAGGUCACCGGGGACACGCACGGAAGGGGACAGGAGAGGGAGCAGCAUAGGAGCAAGGGGAUGCGCCUGGUGAUGGUGCCGCCACACCCGCUGAUCAAGCACUGGAUCGCCAUCCUGCGCAACGCCACCUCGCCGCCCCCCAUCUUCCGUCAGUCCCCGCCGCUCCACCCCUGCUCAAUGCUGGUCAACGCUGAUCUCAUGUGCUCCUCUGCCUGCCCCUCUCUCUCCUCGCCUUCCCAUCCCCUUUACAACCCCCCCCUCCUCCCUGGUGGGCGGCAGCCCAUGAUUAACGGCGAGGUGGCCACGCCCUGUGGCGUAGCUGAGGUGGAGGCCGUUGACCCCUACAAGCCAAUCGCGAUCAUCCCGGUGCUGAGGGCGGGGGCGGUCAUGGCAGAGCAAAUGGGGCCAGUCAUCCCGCACACCAUCACCUACCACCUCGCCAACGCUCUACCUCAACAAGUCAGUGCCCUCUGCCCCACUCCACCCCCCCUCACCCCGCUCACUGCUGCCUGCACCGCUCUGCUUCUCUGCCAAUCAUUCCUGCCAAGCCACCCCACCCACCCCUUCAAUGCCCCGCUCACCUCGCCCAUUCUCGCUCGUCCCCUCCCCCAUGCAUGCACCAGGCUGCCCAAGUCGUUCAACCCCGAGGCGCGGAUCAUCAUCGUGGACGCCAUGCUCGCCACCGGUGGCACGAUGAUGGCAACGAUGGAGGAGGUGGUGGGGCGAGGAGCCAACCCCGACAACAUCCGCAUCAUAUCGGCCAUAGUGGCAUCGCCAGCACUCAAGCUCCUGAUAGUCGUUUCAAUGCACAUGUCUGCUCUGCACCCCUCUGCUCUGCACCCCUCUGCUCUGCACCCCUCUGCUCUGCACCCCUCUGCUCUGCACCCGCUGCGAGUGUACACGGGGAUGAUCGAUGCUGACGUCAACGACCAAGGGUUCAUUGUACCUGGACUAGGCGACGCCGGAGACAGGAGCUACGGCACCUUGUAG